UUCGGGGCUGCAUCGGGUUUGCGGCUCAAUAUUGACAAAACGGUGGCAAUGGCACUACACGAGGACGGGUUGUCUCCACCGCUGGAUUGGCGCUGGCGAAUUCAGCUGCUCGAUCCGAGUGCACGGUGUCGCUACCUCGGUAUGCAAAUCGGUAGCAAGGACCAGAAAGCGGCUACGUGGCAUCUCCGCACUCGACUCCGCCUCGCCAGUCACAAGACUUUGAGCGUGGAGCAGCGAGCACAGGUGGUCGCCGCGGUGGUCAUCCCAAACCUCCUUUUCAUCGGACGCCAUGCGUGGCCUACGACGGCG